CCGUCCGAUCACUCUUAGCUCUAGUUAACUCUCCUACCAUUUUUAACCAUAGUUAGUUACGUUAUGGUUAAGCUCACCUUUCUUCUUUCUCUAUCUCACUUUUCUCUCAUCCCUUCUUACUCUCAAACUCUCACAGUAGAGAGAGAAAGUAGAGAGAGAAACUUCAUUUUCUCUUUUUUUUCUUUUUUUUUCUUUUGAAUUUGUUGAUAGGAAUAUAAUUUAUCUGGGUCAUUAUUUUCCCACUUGCCGAAUUAUUAGAUCUUUAAGAUCUAGUAUGUUUUUUCCCCUAAUUAAUGCAAUCAUCACCUUUUGAUUUACAAAGAUGAUGAUGACCCUAAAUUUCACUUUCUAGCCAAAACUCACAAAAAAACUUCCAAUUUUUCACUCUUUCAAUCCCUUUUAAUGCAUUUUUAGGUAUUAAAUUUUUAUUUUUUAGAGGUGGGAGGAUGAAUUAUUGCCCAGAUGAAGUUUUAGAGCACAUUUUCAACUUUAUCACAACAAAUCAAGAUAGAAACUCAGCUUCAUUGGUGUGCAAAACAUGGUAUAGAAUAGAGAGAGAAAGCAGAUCUAGAGUUUUUAUUGGAAACUGCUAUGCCAUUAGUCCUGAAAGAUUAUUAAGGAGGUUUCCAAGGUUAAGGGCACUUACCCUUAAAGGAAAACCCCAUUUUGCUGAUUUUAAUUUGGUACCUCAUGAUUGGGGAGGUAAUGUUUACCCUUGGAUUAAGGCCCUUGCUAAGGACUGCCCUUCAUUUGAAGAACUUAGAUUGAAAAGAAUGAUUGUUACUGAUGAAAGUCUUGAGCUUUUGUCUAAGUCUUUUGUCCAUUUUAAGUCUUUGAUUUUAGUUAGUUGUGAAGGGUUCACAACUAAUGGGCUUGCUGCUAUUGCUUCCAAUUGUAGGUAUCUGCAAGAGCUGGACUUGCAGGAAAACGAAGUUAGUGAUAGGAAGGGGCGUUGGCUUGGUUGUUUUCCCGAGAGUUGUACAUCACUCGUAUCUCUUAAUUUUGCAUGCCUUAAGGGUGAAGUCAACUUGGAUCUUCUCGAGAGACUAGUAGCCAGGAGUCCAAACCUUAGGACUCUCAGGCUUAACCAUGCCGUUCCAUUCGAGACUCUUCAGAGGAUCCUCUCUAAGGCACCUCAACUAGAAGACUUGGGAACGGGAUCUUUCGUUCAUGAUCCGAAGUCUGAGACAUACAAUAAACUGAAGGAAGCGAUUUCUAAAUGCGAAUCAAUUAAGAGUUUAUCGGGAUUCUUGGAGGUUGCUGCUCACUGCCUUCCUGCAAUUUACCCACUUUGCUCGAACCUGACUACGUUGAACCUCAGCUAUGCACCGGGAAUUUAUGGUUUUGAGCUAACACAACUAAUUCUUCAUUGCAAGAAACUCCAACGUUUGUGGAUUUUGGAUUACAUUGGCGACAAAGGGCUUGCCCUUGUGGCCGAUACCUGCAAAGAAUUGGAAGAGCUGAGAGUUUUUCCGUCUGAUAUAUACGCUCAUGGUGAUGCUGCCGUCACCGAGGAAGGGCUUAUUGCGAUAUCAAAUGGUUGUCCCAAGCUCAAUUCGAUUCUGUACUUUUGCCAGCAAAUGACCAACGCUGGAUUAAUAACCGUAGCAAAGAACUGCCCAAAUUUCAUCCGAUUUCGGUUGUGUAUCCUAGAUCCAAUAAAACCGGAUGCGGUGACCGGGGAACCUUUAGACGAGGGUUUUGGGGCAAUUGUUCGAUCGUGUAAGCACUUGAGGCGGUUAUCUAUCUCGGGGCUUUUGACCGACAAGGUUUUCCUGUAUAUCGGUAACUAUGCUAAACAAUUAGAGAUGCUUUCUGUGGCAUUUGCCGGAGAGAGGGAUAUUGCGAUGAUAAAUGUGUUAAGUGGGUGCAAUAAGCUUCGAAAGUUAGAGAUUCGGGACUGUCCCUUUGGAAAUGCUGCACUUCUGGCGGACAUGGGGAAGUAUUUAACAAUGCGAUCCCUUUGGAUGUCGUCUUGUAGAGUGACCUUAGGGGCUUGCAAGUUGGUUGCAAGGACGAUGCCACAACUAAACGUCGAGAUCAUCGAUGAGGAUGAGCAAGGGGGUUUCGAUCUCAAUGACGACAAUAAGGAAGUAGAGAAGAUGUAUCUUUAUCGAACUCUGGUUGGGCCAAGGAAAGAUACACCGGAGUUUGUAUGGACAUUGUAGUUUGUAGUUUGUAUUUUGUAUGAAUUUUUUAUUGUUGUACUCGGUAGUUUGUAUUGUUAGAACGCUUUAAAUUGUAGUUUGCCAAAUUAUUUCUUUUUCUUGUGAGUUUCUUUGGGCAAACUGGUUUAUGGACAUGUAAAAUUAAGCUAUAUUAUCUUCAUGAUGAGGCCUAGUAUUUUCUUUGUUUUAAGGUCUUUUUCUUUAGGGGAUUACUAACAACUACUUAAUGGAAUGUUCU